GAGUGCAAAGAGGGAGGAGGAGGAGGAGAAAUAAUGUCAUUACUAAAGGCAUUUGACAAGACUGGCAGAUGCAGAUUUGACAAAUUUCCUACGCUGAAGCAGCAGACCAACAGCUUCUAAGAGCACAGCGGACAUCAAUCAGACACUGAAGACAGGCCAUUGCAGAACCCCGCAGAGCCUUGUUCCGUUUCACCUGCAGUAGAUUCAGGUGGAGAACAGAGAACAUUGAGUGGAAAACUCACCCACUUAUGGAUGCAAACAGGAACUGAUCAGAAGAGUGAAUAUUGCAAGAUUACAAGAAAAAAAUCAGCCUCCAAGAAAACAUGACUACUGCCAGCAGGUGUUUGGAUGAGCUUUGUCACCUCACUGCCCAGUCUCUGGUGUCUCUUGAGACCUCAGAGCACUUCAAGAUCAUCAAGCUCCUGGGUGAAGGCUCAUAUGGCCAAGUCAAACUGGCGGUCCAUAAGAAAAGGGGAACUCCCAUGGCGCUGAAGUUUUUCCCUCGGGAGUCGACAGGUCUCCUCGGCUUCCUGAGGGAGUACAACCUCUCGCUGGCCUUCUGUUCCCAUCCAUCGCUGACCUCUGCGCUGGGGAUUGCCUUCUCCACACCAACACACUACGUCUUCGCUCAGCAACCCAGUCUCUAUGGCGACCUGUUUGAUGUCAUUGUGCCUGAUGAGGGUGUGGAUGAGGACUGUGCUCAGCGGGUGGCGUCCCAGAUCAGCGGUGCCCUUUCCCACCUCCACCGUCUAGGCUUCGUCCACCGCGACCUCAAGCCUGAAAACAUCUUCUUGUGCGACCGCGAGUGCCGUUGGGUCAAGCUGGGCGACUUUGGCAUGGCGAAGGCCCGAGGGGUGCAGGCGCCCUGCGUCUGGUACAGCUCCCCGUACUGCACACCCGAGGCCGAGAUCGCCCGCGACACCGACCCGCCGACCAGCGACACCGACGCCCCUCUGGACGAGAACGGAAACCCCGUGGAGGUGAAGAAGAAGAGCCGCGUCAUGGUGACGGUGGAGCCCAGCACGGACACCUGGGCACUGGGCAUGCUCAUCUACGCCCUGCUGACCGGCAUGACGCCCUGGGGCGAGACGUCCUCCGACAACCUGGGCUACGUGAGGUACAAGGAGUGGGCCGAGCAGGCAAGCGAGCACCCGAGAGACGCGAACGACACGAACGACGACUGUGACGAUGGACAGGUGAACGGACAGACAGACAGUGACGCCAACGACAGCAACAACAACAACAACAACAACAACAACAACAACAACGUUGCGCCACAGUUCUCGCGCUUCACGCCACUGGCCUGCUCACUGUUUCUGCUGCUGCUUCACCCCCAGGCGGCACGGCGAGGGAGCGUCCAGGAGGUGGAGAGCUUCCUGGGGAGGUCGUGGCUGAAGGACGAGGACAGGAGACAGAGGGAGGGAGCAGCGGCCAACCGCAAGCAGAGAGAGAUCAUGGACGCCGGGAAAGAGACCGAGAGAGCUGAGAGCAGGGACAGAUAAAAUACGGAGGACUCCAUUAACUCAAGCACUUGCCGUAAAAACUACCAAUUUCCACCCCUUUCAUUGAAAAUUAGACAUCAAUGAUGUUUUAAGUAUAAGUAUAAGUAUAAAUACUUUUUUGAUCCCGUGAGGGAAAUUUGGUCUCUGCAUUUAACCCAAUCG